AUGAUAUAAAGACCCGAGAUGCGUGGAGACACAUCAAAGCAGUGAUACAGAACGAAGCGUGCGGAUUACUGUUGCGAUUUAACAUGAAUUAUUUGAACAUAAUUUUAAUAUCAUGCUCGCUGGCCGUAGCAGUGACGCAGAGGCUAGAAGAUAACAACACGGAUGGACAGAGACGGAGCACCGGUGGCUACGGUCUGCUGAGACCCGGUUACGGCAACCCUGGCUACGGCGGUGGAUAUAAUAACGGCUACGGCGGUGGUUACGGAGGUGGCUACGGCAGUGGUUACGGCGGCGGAAACGGCGGCGGCUACGGAGGAGGAUAUCAACCCGGCUACGGCGGUUACCAACCCGGUUAUGGCCAAGGAGGAUACCCCGGUAGUUACCCUGGCGGCGGUUAUGCGGGUAACCAAGGAGGAUUUGGAGGGUACCGUCCAAACUACCGGCCAAACUAUUCCCCCAAUAACUACGGCUACCCGGGGUACAACCAGUGGAGGCCUAGCUACAACCAAUACAGACCGGGCUACGACCGACAAUAUCCCGGUAACACUGGAAAUUAUCCCGGAGGAGUCGGUGGCUACGACGGUUUCAACGACAACUUCAGGCUGGUGGGAAGGAAGGUGGGCGAGGACAAGAAGACCAGCUCCGAAGAGAAAUUCACGGUGUAAUCUCACUCAUUUUGUUGUUCAUUAAAUUAUUUUUUA